AGAGAGAGAGAGAGAGGAAAAGGCAGAGGGAGAGAGGGGGAGAGGGGAUCUGUUGCAGGCAGGGGAAGGCGUGACCUGAAUGGAGAAUGCCAGCCAAUUCCAGAGACACACAGGGACCUCAGAACAAAGAUAAGGCAUCGCUGACACCACAUCGGGGACGAGCUCCCAGACAACUCAGGCCGGGAAGACCAAGGCCAGGCAGCCAGGAGCACCCAAGGCAGGAAAAUGAGGUGGCUCCCUCUUUAUCAUGCUCUGUGCUUCUCCUUGUUGAAGGCUUUGGCCCACACUGUGGAGCUCAACAAUAUGUUUGGCCAGAUCCAGUCGCCUGGCUAUCCAGACUCCUACCCAAGAGAUUCGAAAGUGACUUGGAAUAUCACUGUCCCAGAAGGAUUUCGGAUCAAGCUUUACUUCAUGCACUUCAACUUGGAAUCCUCCUACCUUUGUGAAUAUGACUAUGUGAAGGUAGAAACUGAAGACCAGUUGCUGGCAAUCUUCUGUGGCAGCGAGAAUACAGACACUGAGCAUACCCCUGGCCAGGAAGUGGUCCUCUCCCCUGGUUCCUUCAUGUCCAUCACUUUCCAGUCAGAUUUCUCUGAUGAGGAGCGAUUCACAGGCUUCGAUGCCCACUACAUGGCUGUGGAUGUGGACGAGUGCCGGGAGCGGGAGGACGAGGAGCUGGCCUGCGACCACUACUGCCACAACUACAUCGGCGGCUGCUACUGCUCCUGCCGCUUCGGCUACCUCCUCCACGCGGACAACAGGACCUGCCGAGUGGAGUGCAGUGGCAACCUCUUCACCCAGAGGACUGGUGUGAUCACCAGCCCUGACUUCCCCAACCCUUACCCUAAGAGCUCCGAAUGCUCCUAUGAGAUCAGACUAGAGGAAGGUUUCAUGAUCAGCCUGCAGUUUGAGGACAUUUUCGACAUUGAGGACCAUCCAGAGGUGCCUUGCCCCUAUGACUACAUCGAGAUUAAAGCCGGUCCAAAGGUUUUGGGACGCUUCUGUGGAGAGAAAGCCCCAGAACCUAUCAAUACCCAGACUCACAACGUCCAAAUCCGAUUCCGCAGUGACAACUCAGGCGAGAACCGGGGCUGGAAGCUCUCCUACAGUGCGACGGGGGAGGAGUGCCCAGAGCUAAAGCCUCCUGUCCACGGGAAAAUCGAGCCCUUGCAAGCCAAGUAUUUCUUCAAAGACCAGGUGCUCAUCAGCUGUGACACAGGCUACAAAGUGCUGAAGGGUAAUGUGGAGAUGGACACAUUCCAGAUCGAGUGUCGGAAGGAUGGCACAUGGAGUAAUGAGAUCCCCACCUGUAAAAUUGCAGACUGUGGAGCCCCGGCAGAGCUGGAACAUGGGUUGGUUACCUUCUCCACAAGGAACAACCUGACCACAUACAAAUCUGAGAUCAGAUACUCGUGCCAGCAACCCUACUACAAGAUGUACCACAAUAUCUCAGGUAUAUAUACCUGUUCCGCCCAAGGAGUCUGGAUGAAUGAAGUGCUGGGGGAAAACCAGACCACCUGCCUGCCAGUGUGUGGUCAGCCCUCCCGUUCCCUGCCAAACCUGGUCAAGCGGAUCAUCGGGGGCCGGAAUGCGGAGCCCGGCCUCUUCCCAUGGCAGGCCCUGAUAGUGGUGGAGGACACCUCAAGGGUGCCAAAUGACAAGUGGUUCGGGAGUGGGGCUCUGCUUUCUGAGUCUUGGAUCCUCACAGCAGCCCACGUGCUGCGCUCCCAGCGCAGAGACAACACAGUGACACCAGUCUCCAAGGAGCACAUCACUGUCUACCUAGGCCUCCAUGACAUGCGGGACAAAUCUGGGGCUGUCAACAGCUCAGCUGCCCAAGUGGUGCUCCACCCAGACUUCAACAUCCAGAAUUACAACCACGACAUAGCUCUGGUACAGCUGCAGGAACCCGUGCCCCUGGGACCCCAUGUCAUGCCCAUCUGCCUGCCAAAGCCAGAACCCGAAGGCCCAGCACCCCACAUGCUAGGCCUGGUGGCAGGCUGGGGCAUCUCCAAUCCUAAUGUGACAGUGGAUGAAAUCAUCAGCAGUGGUACACGGACCUUGUCAGAUGUCCUGCAGUAUGUCAAGUUACCUGUGGUACCACACGCUGAGUGCAAGACCAGCUACGAGUCCCGCUUGGGCAACUACAGCGUCACAGAGAACAUGUUCUGUGCCGGCUACUAUGAAGGCGGCAAGGACACAUGCCUUGGAGAUAGCGGCGGGGCAUUUGUCAUCCUUGAUGAUUUGAGCCAAACCUGGGUGGCCCAAGGCCUGGUGUCCUGGGGAGGCCCUGAAGAAUGUGGCAGCAAGCAAGUCUAUGGGGUCUACACAAAGGUCUCCAACUACGUGGACUGGGUGUGGGAGCAGAUGGGCUCUCCACAAGGUCUGGGGGAGCUCCAGGUGGAGCGGUGAGCUGACUGACCUCCUCAGGGCCCGCCACCCUGCCUCAGCCCAAGUGAGGCUGACCCUGCACUUCCGACAGCACACUCCACGUUACUCACCAGACCAGAUGGAAUGGAACAUGCUGCUCCCAUCCUCCUGAGACAGGCCCAGGACCCUGAGAGGCAGCAGAGUGGUACAGGGGAAAGUCUCUACACAAGAGACCUGGGUCCAUGGCCCUGGGCAAGUUCUUUCCCCUCCCCAGCUUCACUCUCUUCAGCAAUACAAGGGAGCUGGAUGUCUGGGCCAGUCCUAGCAUUCCUCCCCAGUACCACUUUACCCCAGGGACCUUAUUCAUUUCUAUUCACUUACCAAAUCCACUGUUGGUAUAACUGGGCCUGAUUGUUAGAAAAUGUUUCCUUGCAUUGAGCUGAACUCCGAGUCCAUAUAUUUUCCCAGCUCUGUCCUCUGGGCACAGGCAAGUCUAGUUUGUCCUCUAGGAGAAAACCAUUCAGGUUUGGGGAGAUGGGGGCCACACCCUGAGGCCCCCCUCUCCUAGUGAAAUCCUCUUAUCCCUGAGGUUUCUCUCCAAAAGCUUCUUGCAGUCCAAGCCUUAGCCUUUAGGUUCUGUUAAAGGGAUUUCAAGGGACAAAGAGAAAGCUGGGAAUGUUUGUGUGACUGGGGGAGGAGAAUAGCAGUGAAAGGCUCCCCAACCCUGUUAGAUUCCUAUUGUCAACCCAGAACAUGUUAUUUGGGACCACAUGUCACUCUCUAAUACCAGCUAACAACAUGGGAUGCUCCAGACAAGCAUGAAGGAACUUUCUAGCUUUGGAAUGUAUCAUCUGAAAAGGCUACCUGAGUACCUGAGCCCCAGCCCCAGGCAUAGAGACUCUUCUGGAUUGCUUGGAAAAAGAGAAUGCCCAGGCCAUGGCCCGCUGUGCUUCUGAGAAGGAAAAUGGAAGGGUGGGCUAAAGACAUUAGGAGUGAUCUCUUCCCACCAGGCUGCCCAACAUGCCCAAGGUCUGAGUUCUUCAGAAAACCCACCCAUUGUGAAUGUUCAGAGGGAAACACUCCUCCAGCUUCCAGGAGCCAGAGUAAAAGGCAGCAGACUUGCCCGUGAAAGGCAGUGAGAAGAGACAGAGAGCCAAGAGUCCUGGGCUCCAGCCCCAGCUCUGCCCCCUGACUGUAUAACCUUUGACAAAUCACUUUCCCUUUUUGGGCCUGUGUUCCCAUCUGUAAAAGGAAGGAGUUAGAUCUCCUUUAGGGUCCUUCUAGCUCCAGCACUCAGUGCUUCUGAUCACCAGCAGUCUUUUCCUGGCCCUCACAGGGCUGAUGGUCUUCCUGGGAUUUCCCACCAGAGACAGGCAGUCAGAGAAGACCCUGAGAGGGAUUCCAAGAGAACAAUUGGGAAGUGCCCACUUUUCUAAUGGAUUCAUGAAACCACACUCCUGUGUCUGUGAAUGCUGCAUAUAGAGGAUGCUAUAUAUUGUAUAUUUUAUAUCACAAACUCACUACUCUGUAAAGUGCCUCUGCACUCUGUUUCUCCUGUCAGGGGUCUAAAGUGGAAAUAAAACCUCUGUGGAUAAUCAACA